ACGCGGGGCUAAAACCGCUAAAGAGCUUUGCAGGACGAGAAUAGAGGAGCGCUAAGCUUUUGCUCCAGGCAGCGCUGAUCCGUCAGGUGUGCGGCCUCACCUGGGGUCGAGGCAGGUCAGAGGCCGGGUUCACGUGCUGGACUGGACCUUUUUUUUGAGAGGUUGUCGUAAGAAUGAUGAGGUCCCUCUUCUCCAACCCCAAUUUGAAUGGUCUAAAGAUUACAGGGUUUCAUACUUUGGAAAUUUCAUUUUACAACUGAAUAAUGUUCGUAUUCAGUGCUCAUUACUUGUUUUAGCUGAGCCUUUACUUUGAAAAUGUUACAUUCACAUUGUCAUGGUAUUUAUUAGCCCAACAUAACUUUUUUAACUAUAUUCUGUUGAACUGUUGAACAGUUUAUGUACAAGGUUAUCAUCUUAGGUUUAUAGGUGAUGCUGUCAGAAAGAUGAUAUGUUAAUUAUUGUGAACCCUCAUUCAGUUUAUUAUGAUAGCCGACACAUUAGAACUACCUCCUAAUACUGGAUUGACUUGAGCCUUUAGAACCUAUAAAGGAACCGAUGAGUAUGUAAAUAUAUGUGCUGCAUUCAUGUGUUUAAUCUCUAAACCUGCUAACUGCUAGCUGCUAAACCUAUCGGACAUUGUGAUUAUAUGCAGUCCUCUCGAGUUUUAUGCUUUUAUCUCAACCAGCCCUACAAUAAUAAAACAACGCCAAGAUUUGUGUUUCUGUUGAAAUGAGCCUAAGUGCAGCUGCUUGUUUCAUGCACAUGCUUUCUCCCGCGUCUUUGUUGCUUUACAUUUGCACGUCGCUGCGAGUUGCUGCCAUUGGCUCGUCUCUCAUCGCAUGCGGUGGCUUCGGGGUGGAGGAUGCAGGUGAAGCCGGCGCCCCGGAGGUGAGGGGAGGCAAUCGAAGGGAGCGCCGCGAGGCUAUGCCAGCUAUUCAGGUGUAGUAACGAGAUAGAUCCUUAUCGAAAAGAUUGCACAGGAGUGCGGGUUUGUGUGCGUCACUGUCUGGAGCCCUGCCUCUGACCCCUGCACGCCGACCACGAUGCUUUGCGUGAACGCACGCCGCCAGCGUGGCAGCCAGGUUCGAGUAUGAAGUCAUGUGGGGAAUUUUAAGAUCAUCAGCAACGUCGUUUGUUUACACUUGUGAUCGGCUCAGAUAGCGGACGGACGCGUAUAAGAGCCCUCGAGAGCCACAGAGACACAGACGAACACACUGGUUACACGUGAAAUGAGGAGGACCCUGGUCUUUCUGCACUGAGCAUAGGUAGUCCCAGGCUUCGAGCGAUGUGGCUGGCCAGAGAAGAAUAGCACAUCUCGUACAGAAACAAGAGGCACUCAGCUGAAUUCAUCAUGUCCCUGAAAGCAUCUAAGAAGCUGAGCAUCAAGAAGAAUAAACCUCUUAAAGACAGUCCCGGGGCGGAGGUUCUUAAGAAGCUGGGCCUGGAUGCCUGCUGGGCUACACCACUGGAUCCAGCAUCUAUGCUGGACAUCAGUACUUGGGCUUUGGAGAAGCAAGCUGCUGCAGGUCCUGAGGAUUUACCCAGCGCGUUCCUCCACCGCCUUUGGUUGCUCAGUCCGGACGCUCGGAGCCCCUGCUGUGAACCGUCGCACAACGAUCAGGAUGACACCAGCAAAUCACCAGAGGAGACCCUCAGCUAUUCUGGAGGGCAAAACCAUUUUGCCCUCAACCCCCUUGAUCUGGUUGCAGCUGUGUAUAUGUCUUGCCACACGUUUCUUCAGCAGGAGGUGACCUCCCGCAUGGUGCAGUGCCAGUUUGCCGUGCCGCUGGUCCUGCCGGACAUAGAUCCAGAAGAACCCAGUCAGCUCCUCCUGUGGCCUUUGAGAGGUGUUUCAGGUCAAUGGAUGUCUCAUGUUCCAGGUGAAAACAGGAAGGUUCAGUGGGGGUAUUUGCCGAGUACUUACAUGCCAGUGGUUUCCUGUUUAAGGCUCGGUGACUGCAGCGUCUCCAAGUCGCGGGUGCUCAAUCAUGUCCUAGGUGGACGCGAGCCUUGCAUCGACACAUUUCUCCACAGAGGGAUGGAUGGAGGUCAGCUGCCCAGAAGAAUCGCCAGCGGCCUGGUGGAAGUCGCGUGGUAUCGACCUGCUGGCGGCGCCGCCGACAUCUUCCCCGUCCCUUUCGUCAUUUCUAAUCUGCGCGGCAACGCCGGCACACGUGAGCAGUGCCUCAGCCUCCUGUGUCGGGCGUCUUCAGCUGUGGUGCUUUUUUGUGGGGAUCUGAAUGAGAAAGAAAGACAAAUUCUUUCCGCCUGCAGGAACACGGCGAGAAGCCUCAUAGUGAUCGAGCUUUCAGACAGUCAGCAAGAUGAAAACGCAGUUGUGAAGUUUGCUGGCGGUAACGGUAAGGAGCACACGGAGCUUCCCCAGGGAUCAGUACUGCAAGGAAAAGCUUUGAGUGAGGAGGAGCUGGCGAAUAGGCUCGGUGUCAUCCUUAAAGGCCUGCUGCCAGAUAAAUUGCAUCUUGUCACGCUUGAGGAAACAGCCAAUGUAGCAGUGGAGUUAGGCCUCAAAGUUGAUGAAGGUGCAGCCUGUAAAAGUGCAAUGGCCACAGUGGAGAACUUGUUGACAGGCCUUGAUGAGGGAGCUGCUCAGUUUAGGGAAAGGCAGUUUCCUUUGCAGGGACCCUUAUGGAGGAAACUGGCUGAAACAGAUAAGAAAGAGAGCAAACAGAGGAGGGAAGGACAAAAUAUCGACUCCCGACUCCUGAAAGAGAAGAAAGACAUCCUGGCCGAGCUGGGCAGCUACCAAAUGACCCCAGUGAUGAAGAUGUUUACAGAUGUGCUUUUUACAGCAGAUAAAGUGGAGAGGACCUAUUUCCUGACUUGGCUGAAAUUGAGGCUUCACCAGAAGCAAAUUGAGGCACAAAACAAAUCACAACAUCUGAUCAGCACCAACUCGCCCUCCGAGCAGAGAGACGGGUAUUUUGAUGAGCUCCACAAUGGAAUCAGUGAUGACAGAGAGCACAGUGAUAGUUUGUGCACAGAUAUACUUUUGGAGGAUCUCCCAGUCUCGUGUUCACAGGAAACUGAUCCAUCAUGGCUGGGCCUUGAGCAUUUUUUGCGGGAAAUGGGACUAAUUUUUGAGCUAAAGGAGCUCGGCCACGGCAGUGGGAGCCACAACGUCCUGCGUCUCCCGAGCAUAGCUGCAGAUCUGCUUCUCGACGGAAUUCCGCUUGAAAUAAUGGAUGGAGAUGCCUCCAAUGUCCCCACGCACUGGCUGAGCUGUGUCUUUGCCGAGCUCAAGCGCCGCCUCCCUCAACAUCAGUGCAGGACCCGCGUGCUGACGAUCACAGGCGCACAUCAUGCCCGGAAUGCAGAGGUCCUUUCUGCAUUAUUUGGUGUGAAAUUUCCCGACGGAGGGAAAAGAUCUACUCGAGGGCUGUACAUCAUUAUCCUCUGUCUCCCUGAAAGGCUUCAAAAAGACAUGGAGUGUGAUUUUCUGUUGCUAAUCGAUGUAGAGGGCCUCUGCUCGAUCGCUCCAGAAAAUAGAAAUGCCCGUCUCCGUGACAAUGAGAUGGCCACCGUCGCAACAGGAAUGAGCGACGUUUUACUGCAAAACAUUUCGUCGGGCACCGAGUCUGAAGCGGAUUUCACCGUCACGGUCAAUGCUCUGCUGCGCAUAAAGGAAUACGGCACCUUGCCGAUAUGCCAAGUGGCGACGCAGGGCGAAGACAUUAAAAGCCUGUUACAAGCCUCGCAGCUGAAGCGUGUGACUGAAAUGCUCCAGCAUGAGAUUGGGCACAGAGGAAGUGAAAAAGAUGAAAACUGUGCUGCAGAGAGUGCAAGCUGUUUCACCUGUGUCAUUGGGCCUUGGUCCAACACGCCUCUUAGUCAAUCAGGGAGGAAACAGUAUUGUAAGGCCGUUGUAAAGCUCAAGAAAAACCUGUUCGGUGCAAUGAAGAGGUCUUUAGCUCAGUCCCAAGCCCCAGUUCUGUCUGAGUUUGUGACCCGGUUAUGUGCUGUUUGGGAGGCAGUGAAAUCAGAAUCCUUCUCCAUCGGUCUGCAAGAUACUGGCAUAGCUUUAGCGUUGUCUUUGCUGUGCACAGAGCAUUCACAGUGGGAGGAUGUGGCUCUGAAGCAUGUGGAAGGCUGGCUAGUGGCGGCCACAAAGAAAAUGUUCGCCACACGAGCAAAAGCCUCAGAUGUUGAAAACGUCCUCCUGAAUGAGCUGAAGGUCGAAGCCAAGGAGGAGGUCAAAGCACAAGUGGACAAAAUCAGGUCAAAGUCAGAGGCCCAUCUGAUGAAUGAUGACCUUCUCAAGAUGCACGUGGAAAUGUUCAGGUCGGUGUUAAUGAGCCAUACGGACAACUUUGAGGAGAAAAUAGGUCAAGAGCUCAUACAAAGGCUGGAGACAGCCAGUGAGAGCUUUUGUUCUUCUACACAACUGAGGGCGUUUGAGGCCUUACUUGAAAACAAACAAGAAUCAAAGUUACACGAGCUUCUGGAGAAGAACAAGUCCUCUGACGUUCUUCUUGAAGAUUCCGAACUAGAGCAGGUGUUCGAUGGUGCGUGGACUGAAACCUUGUCGAACUUUGACUUUAGGCCCUCAGAAAGUGACAAUAUUGCAGCGAGAGUGACAAAUAUUCUGAGGGAGAAUCUCAUCAGUCGCGGACUCCAGAAACACAUGAGAAAAGUGGAAGCCCUCAACCAUCACCAGACAUCUAGUCUGCAGGUUACCGAUAAGUACUUUGGAUACCGCAGCAGAUUAAAGCACAUGUUUGACGACAACAACCGAGGGCAGAGGUUACAAGCUCAGCAGGUAGCGGAUCGUGUCGUAGACGAGUACAACCGAUUCGUAGCGGAGAAGACGAGCUUACCGGCCGACUUCUCGGACAGCUACAUUACCCCGCUGCUGGAAAACGUUGAGAGGGCUUUGGUUGAAGAAUCUAUAGAAAUCAGAACAGCUUUCGAAGUAGACCUGAAAGUUUACCUCUGCAGUGCCGCGUGCCAAGAUUUCCAGAAGGUACACGACCGCUACGCCAAGAGCGUAGAGCUGCUGAGGUGCAUCACUGCAUCCAAGGAUACGUACCUGGCAGAGUUUAUCUACGAGUUCAGGAAGAAGGAUCAGUGUCGGAGGGUGGCCGAAGCUUUCACCUCCGUGGUUGUCAAGCCCACGGUGCUGGACUACAUCUACAGGCCACUGGAGGAGCGCAUCGUAGAGGAGAUCACGGCCAAACAACUGUGUUAUCAGUCCCCGCGUGCCUUUCACCAGAGCUUGCUGGAGGAACUGAUAAAGGAAGAUCGUUUCGAAAGCUUCCAGGAGUAUUUACUGUCCUUCGAUGGCUUCAGGCUGAGGACGAUACAGGAGAGAGUGAUAGCUCACAUGUCUGAAUCCCCCGCUUUGGACAUAUGGAGACAACAGAGACUUGGGGACAUCGUGGGAAGAGUCGCAGUGGCGGUGAGCCAAGCGGCAGAAGGCACCAGUGCCGGGCUGAGCGAAUCGAAGCCUCUGCUGGAGAGAGUGUGCAACGUUCUGGAGCAGGAUGGAGACGUGCGAGUCAGCAGGUCCCCUCUGGACGGACCUCUCUUCAGUAUAACCACGGAGUGGGAUCGCUUUGUCACGUGUGUGAUGGAGAUGUUGGCUUCCAUGCGACUGGAGCUUGCCCGGGAGUUCUCCCAAAAUGCGGACAUGGCCCAGGUCCUCCGUUGCCUUCCGAUUCAGCCCCAGCACUCCAUCAUCAGCAGCGUGAGAGGCUGCGGCAAGCAGUGUCCUCUCUGCGGUGCCCCGUGUGAGGUGCAGGAAAUGGGGCAUGAGGUCCACAGGGCUCUGCUCCAUCGGCCCAAAGGCCUGCUGCCUUAUGACGCAAAUUCGCUGUCAUUUAUCAUUCACAGCGAAAGCUGUGAGCAGAGAAAGCCUGAUAAGACCAGCUGUGUUCAGGGCACGUACUUCGCAUGCAGGGACCUUCCUUCCCACUACCUUGACUGGAAGCUCUUCCCUGAGGACCUGAAUGGCCAAAAACUCUGUGUUUACUGGAGGUACGUGCUUGCAAGGUUCAAUGAGAGGUUGGCACAGAAGUAUGACGAGAAGCCGGUGACAAUUCCUCAGGAGUGGAAGAAGAUCAGCCAGGAGGAAGCGCUACGCAGUCUACGGGAAGGCUUCCUUACCAAGCCCUUGUAACCCAACACUGAGUGUCUUUCCGCAGUGUUGUGUUGCCUUAGUUACUGUAGUUCUGGUGUUAGCAUGGAUAAGAUGUAAAUGUCUACAUGUACGUUGUGAUUCCCUGAGAUGGUAAUGACCAACAGAUAAAUAAGUGAUGUUGA